ACCGAAUGACUGGUAAACAGAAAGAGUAAAACAACAAGAAAAAGAAGAGAGGAAGACGCGAGACAGACGGAAACAACAAGAAAGUAGUUUUUGUUUGGUAUAAAAAGCGAUAGGUAGGCUAUAUAUUUUUCUGGAGUGCCAUUUUCGUAAAUUAGAAACGGUGUGUUUCUUUUGAAUCAGUUGAGGGUUGCCGUUUGUUUACUUGCUAACCUUUGAAACAGAACAAAUAUGAGUUUUGUGGAAGUGAAGAACAUGGAGCCCACCACUUUUGAACAACGUUACUUUGACGAAUAUGAAUAUUACAACCUGACUGACCGUUAUUCCGGUGGUGCCAGUCGCAAGGGAAGGACCAAACGCGAAGCCAGCUGCAACACCAACAGACCGAACCCUGCUGGUCACGAGAGAAAGAUCAUUGAAAAACUCCGCAACGCGGAGAGACGAUCUAAGGAGUGAUAGAGGAGCCAGGAAAGGAGUAUCGGACAGCUAACCCUGGCAACGGACCAUGGCAACCUGAGCGGCUGACGAAGAGACGCACGCAGACGGCAGCGUCAAAGAGCGAAGGAACGAAUAGCAGCUGUGGAGAAACGAAUGGGGAAUCCUGGCUAUUUAGAAGCUCUGGCAAAGCCAAGUCCUCUGGCAUAGAACAGAGGAGCUGUGUGUUGUUCACACAUUGUGUGAGUGGAGUUGAACUAUCCUCCUCCUUGACAUGGAACAUGAUGCAAUUGGUCUCAUUUCAGUUCAAUAUCAGUGAGAUAUGUAUUGGAAGUCAGUACUUAUUAAUAUUAAACUGUUGGACUGUGCUAAGGACGUUGUGUCCUGUGCAGUCAUUUCCAUACAGAAAUGGAGGUUAUAUGAGCAUCGAAAAAGCUUUUAAGCUUAAAUGUAUUCAUGACAUUUGAAAUAAAAUGAUCGAACAUUGAA